CAAAGAGUAUAAUUGUUGAUAUUGAUUUUACACAAUUUUAAUUUCUCUAUUAAAAUUGUAAUUAUUGUAUGUAACAAUAACUAUGGAUAUUAACCGCGAGCGUGAUGUUAGAGCUAAUCAUGCUCAAAUGAAGUUACUGCUGGAUUUGUUAAGCGCUGAUGGAAUGUCGCAAAAUGGAAAAGUGGUUUACACACAUAUCACCAAAAUAAAGUUUUGGAAAUAUAUAGCUGCCCAGCUGAAUCGUGUCGAUUCUGGUGCCACUAAGAGUUAUCACAAGUGGAGUAAAGUGUGGGCGGACUGGAAAAGCAAAACUAAAAAAAAAGCUUAUUUAAUUUCAAGAAACAAAUUGGGUAGCAAAGCAAGUUUAACAAAACUUGAGUUCCGAUUGUUAAAAUUGAUCAAAUACCCAGUUGAUGAAUUAUUGAAUAACUGUAGUGAGGAACAGACCUACGAGUAUGUAAAAACUAAAAACUUAAAAGAAGAGAUAGAUUCAACUGAAAAUAGCAUAGGGGAUAACAGCACAGAUGGUUUUAAUGAGGAAAACAGUGAAUGCAUAACACUUGAAGUUCAACCUCAAAUUCCCAGUCACAGUUAUAAUGUAUUUGGUGAUGAUAAAAGUGUGUCAGAUAUUGGACAGCAUAUUAAAGAAAUGAAAGAAAUGAAAGAUAUAGAGACAGAUAAAGCCAAAGUCCAUCUGGCUCUGGAAAAGGAGAAAAUACAUCAAAAGAAUGAAGAAUUGAGACUAAAAGCUAUAGAACUGAAAUUAAAAGCUGAUGAACUGAAACUGCAAGAGAACGAAUGUAAUCGAGUGAACCAUUUGACUGAACUGGAAGAGCAGAAGCUCAAGUGUAUGACAGAUAUUGCUGCAUCCCUGAAAGAAUUAGUAGAAUUUACAAGAAACGGCGGCACAAGAUUUCACAAUGUCAUGUAAAAUGAAAUACAGUAUAAUUUUUUUUUAUAAACAA